CAAAAGAUCUAUGACAUUGGAUCCAGGUACUCCGAUUGAUGCCGGUGCUGACAAUGUUUUGGAUCUUGUCUGCUAAAAGUUCUAUUAAUGGUAACAGAUGGUGGCAACAAUGUUUGAUGCCCCGGAGAACUACCUACCUGCUAUUCAUACUGUCUCCACUCAGGCAUACUCAUUCGUCAAAUAAAUCCUUUUGGAAGAACUUCAACAAGACCCUAAUUUUGAUAUUUCUCGCUACGUAAUAAGGCCCUCUUUCCGAAGCCUGGCUUUCUAUGACGGAGUAUAUUGGAGGAAAGGGUAAGAAGUGCAGCAACUAUCGACAGACGCGCGCUGAUCCACCGCCAUUUACCUUCAAAGCAGUCAGCUUACCCGAUAACCUAUUAAAUUUGGACAACAAACCCCUAUCUACAAAGAGACAAAGUUGGCCGUUGC